AUGACGCGGCCGACCUCAUCCAAAAACGAAAGCAUCACAGCCUCGCAACUUCAAGCAUCCGCUCAGAAAAGCAUCGAGCUGAUCAAGAUGCUGUUCUCCAACCUCAUCACCACUGCUCUCUUGGGCUUCACUUCCCUCGUUUCAGCGGCCGACACGAGCGCCUGGAAGUCUCGCAGCAUCUACUUCGUUCUCACUGACCGUGUUGCUCGCAGCAGCAGCGACACUGGAGGCGCAUCAUGCAGCAACCUUGGCAACUACUGUGGCGGAACUUUCAAGGGACUUGAGUCCAAGAUCGACUACAUCAAGGGCCUAGGAUUCGAUGCCAUCUGGAUCACUCCGGUCGUUUCAAACAAGGCUGCUGGAUACCAUGGCUACUGGGCUGAGGACCUGUAUGCCAUCAACUCAAACUACGGUACUGCUGCCGAUCUGAAGAGCCUAGUUAGCACCGCUCAUGCAAAGGGCGUCUAUGUCAUGGUCGAUGUUGUUGCCAACCACAUGGGACCAGGUGCGAUCACGAACAACCGCCCUUCGCCACUGAACCAAGCUUCUUCAUACCAUUCCGCCUGCGACAUCAACUACAGCAACCAAGGUAGCGUCGAGCAGUGCCAGAUUGCUGGUCUCCCUGACCUCAACACUCAAUCGUCCGAGAUCCGCAGCGUCAUGAACACUUGGGUUUCUUGGCUCGUCAAGGAGUACAGCUUCGAUGGCGUUCGCAUCGAUACCGUCAAGCACGUCGAGAAAGACUUCUGGCCCGGAUUCUCUUCUGCGACGGGAGUUUACAGCAUCGGCGAAGUGUUCGAUGGCAGCCCAACUUACCUUGCCGAGUACGCCAAGCUCAUGCCUGGUCUUCUGAACUACGCGGUCUACUACCCCAUGAACAACUUCUACCAACAGAAGGGCUCAUCCCAGGCGCUCGUAGACAUGAUGAACACCGUCAGCAACACCUUCCCCGACCCAUCUGCUCUCGGUACCUUCUUGGACAACCACGACAACAAGCGCUGGCUCAACGUGAAGAACGAUCAGACCCUGCUCAAGAACGCCCUGGCUUACGUCAUCCUUGCACGAGGUAUUCCCAUCCUCUACUACGGUACCGAACAAGGAUACGCUGGCGGUGACGACCCAGCCAACCGAGAGGACCUAUGGCGAAGCGGCUUCAACACCAACGCGAACCUCUACCAGGCCAUCAAGAAGUUGACUGCCGCGAGGAAGUCUGCAGGAGGUCUUGCCGCUGAUGACCAUGUUCACUUGUAUGUAGCGGACAACGCCUACGCCUGGAGCCGUGCAGGUGGUAACCUUAUCGUUCUUACUACGAAUGCCGGAAGCACUUCCAACCAGCAGCAUUGCUUCAACACCCAAAAGGCCAACGGAAAAUGGACAAACGUCUACGGAAACGGAGCCGCGGUGACCGCCGACGGCAGCGGUAGGAUCUGUGUAACCGUCAGCAAUGGUGAGCCCAUCGUCCUUACUGCUGGCUCCGCUACGCCCACCACUGGUACCACCCUUACCACAAAGACUGCCACUGCUACAUCGACCGCAUGCCCGACAGCUGUCUCGGUCUCUUUCACACACCGCAUCACCACCGUUCCUGGUGACACAAUUAAAAUCACCGGUAACACCGCGCAGCUCGGCAACUGGACGCCAGCUAAAGGUCUCACUCUUUCGGCAAACAGCUACACCUCUAGCAACCCCGUCUGGACCAUUACAAUCCCAUUCGCGGCUGGUUCAUCAAUUCAGUACAAGUUCGUGAAGAUCAGCAGUGGCGGAACAGUCACUUGGGAGAGUGACCCGAACAGAAGCUACACCGUACCCAAAUGUCAAGCGAGCGCUAGUCUGAGCAGCUCGUGGCAGUAA